AUGCAGGGUCUCAAAGUAAUAGACUUUCAGAUGCCAGACUACUUGCUGGUACUGGAGAACGCUAUCCAGUUUGGGAAUCCAGUUUUGCUGCAAAAUGUCCAGGAGUUGGAGCCUUCUCUCAACCCAUCCGCUAACUCAUUGCGUGUGUGGGUGAACAUUUGGGUGCGUGGUUUACCAGGUGGCAGGCUGCUGUUGACCCUCGGUGAAAAGGAGGUGGAGUACAAUCCGGAGUUUCGUUUGUACAUCACCACCAAGCUGUCUAACCCCCACUACACACCAGAGAUUUCUACAAAGACCAACAUAGUAAACUUCGCUAUCAAGGAGCAGGGUCUGGAAGCCCAGCUACUGGGAAUUGUUGUGUGUAAGGAACGUCCAGAGCUAGAAGAACAGAUGGACUCUCUGGUGAUCAGCAUUGCCUCUGGCAAGAAAAGCCUGCAGGAACUGGAGGAUGAGAUUCUCAGGUUGUUGAGCUGACUGUUUCGUAAACUG